AUGGGUCGUUUGAAGCAAAAGGGAAAAGCGGGUGCUGCAAAGGCAUAUAUGACCCGCUCGACCGCCGUCAAGAAGUUGCAAUGUUCUCUGGCGGAUUUCCGACGAUUGUGUAUCCUCAAAGGUAUUUUCCCUCGCGAGCCUCGGAGUCGCAAGCGUGCAAACAAGGGAUCUUCGGCACCCACAUCCUUUUACUACGCCAAGGACAUUGCAUAUCUCGCCCAUGAGCCGGUUCUCAAGAAGCUGCGAGAACAUAAGGCAUUUGCAAAGAAGCUUUCCCGUGCACUAGGGAGAGGAGAAUGGAGCAGCGCGAAAAGUCUGGAGGAGAACAAGCCCGUUUACCGUCUUGAUCACAUUAUCAAAGAACGAUAUCCGACAUUUGUUGAUGCAGUCCGAGACAUAGACGAUGCUUUAUGCAUGAUCUUCUUGUUCGCCUCGUUACCCUCGACCGCCAAGGUCGCACCCUCACUCGUCGAAAACUGCACCCGUCUGGCUUCUGAAUGGCAGUUAUACGUCAUGCAUACUCACGCCCUACGGAAAAUCUUCCUAUCUAUCAAAGGCGUCUACUAUCAAGCUGAAGUCAUGGACCAGACAGUGACAUGGCUGGUACCGUACCAGUUCACGCAGAACAUUCCUGCGGACGUUGAUGUCCGUGUCAUGUUGACCUUCUUGGAGCUUUACCAGACCCUUCUCGGAUUCGUGUUCUUCAAGCUCUACACAGACGCAGGUCUUGUCUACCCUCCCCCUCAAGAUGUGGAGAAGGAUGAGGCUGGAGCAGGUGUCGGCGCAUUCCAUCUUCAAGGGGCGACGACAUCGGCAUCAUCCUCUGCACCAAAAAUCAAAGAAGUAGAGAUCAAUGGCAAAAAGGUGUCCACCAAGGACGUCCGACAAACCAUCAAGAGCAUUUCCACUUCUGCGCCCGCGGAUGCGGACGUGGACAUGCCUGCCGACGACUCGGCACCAAUGGACGAGGACGAGGACUUCGUACCCCAUCCAUCUACAUCAAAUCCCGACGACGCCCCUGCCCUCCCGACGCUAAAAACCCUGGCUGCUCUCCCCCAGUCUGGCUCCUCAAGACUCUUCGCACCCUACACCUUCUGGCUAUCCCGCGAAACCUCGCGACCCAUUUUCGAGUUCAUUGUGCGCUCGUUUGGUGGCCGAUUAGGCUGGCCGGCGUCCUCCGGGAGUGGCUCACCGUUCGAUGAGUCGGACGAGUCGAUUACGCACGUCAUCAUUGACCGACCGCUCAUCGACCGCGCGAACAUGUCCGAGGAGGAGAAGGAGCGGCGACGGAAGCGCAAGUACAUCCAGCCGCAGUGGGUUGUCGACUGCAUAAAUGCUGGGAAAGCUCUGCUUGAGGAGCCGUACCUGCAAGGCAAGACUCUGCCGCCGCAUCUCAGUCCGUUCGGCGAGCAUGCUGGAGCUUACGACCCGACCAUCGGCCUUACGAACGAGGACGCUGUCAUGGAGGAUGAGGACGAAGAAGAGGUCGUGGAAGACGAGGACGGCGGCCACCAGGAGGUCGAUGGCGAGAGCGACGAAGAGGCUUUGCGACCAGAGGAGGCUGCCCUGAAGGCGGCAGCCACUGCGGAAGACGAGGCUGCCUUGCGCGCCGCAGAGCUCGAGGCAGAAGCGGCCGGCGUGGACUACGGGACGUUCGCGAAAGAAGCAAAAAAAGCCAAGAAGGCGAAGCAGAACAAGGCGCAGGGCAAGGCCGAUGGCGACGCCGAGCAGGAGAUGAACAAGAUGAUGAUGAGCAACAAGCAGCGGAAGCUAUACGAGCGGAUGAAGUACAGCGAGCGAAAACGCACAGCAGAGCGGCAAAAUCUGGAGCAGAAGAAAAUAGCUAUCGAGAAGGAGAAGAAGAGGCGUGUCAAAAGUUGA